CACUACUAAAAUCAUUUAUUUCACCGCACGUGCAGUUUGGAAAACAUUACUGGAAAAGCAAGGGAGCAUCUCUUCACCAACUGAAUCAAGUAUUUAGAAACAGAUAAAAGAAUGGAUAGGGAAGAUAACAGAAUGGAUACAGAAACUGAACAGAUUGACGUUGAAACUGAUCCUGUUGAGUAUGACCGCAUGUCAAGUCCAACAUUUGAUGUCAAUAAUAACGUUAGCAGAUGGUUAAAUGAAAAUACCGAAACUGAUAGCCUGGACAAAAAAGACAUUCGCAGCGAGACUCUAUGUCGCGUUUGUGGUGACAUCUCAUCUGGUCGUCAUUACGGUCAAUACACUUGUGACGGAUGUUCCGGAUUCUUUAUGAGGUCAGUUCGCAAAAAUAUGGCAUAUCGUUGUAAAGGCAAUAAGAAUUGUAUUGUUGACAAAAAGAGAAGAAAUCAAUGUCAAGCCUGUCGUUUUGAGAAAUGCUUAAAAGUAAAUAUGAAUAGAUAUGCUGUCCAGCAAGAAAGGCAACCAAAUAAUCAAUUUCAUUUAUCACAACCACGAUACCAUCAUGGACUGCCGUUUAUGUAUCCCAGAGCUGAAUUUAUGUUCUCCCAUCACAGCUUACCAACGAGACUUGUACAAUCUCCACCGUAUAUAGAAAAGCGGGAACUACAAGAACUUAGAGAGCUAAGAGUAUAUAAAGAAGAGAAUGUUCGUUUUAAAAAAGACAACCAUUCAAAUUUGAAGGAAUCUAAAGAAAAUGUAUCUGACCUUUCGUCUCGCCUCCUCUAUCACACCGUAAAAUGGGCUCGAUCAGUACCAGCUUUUUUGGAACUACCUUUCAGUGAUCAAAUCCGGUUAUUGGAAAGUUCUUGGGCGGAGAUAUAUGUGUUAUUCGCAUUUCAAUGGAGCUUGCAUAUUAGUGCAACUGAUAUACUGAAGCGAGUUGGUUCACGGUUACCAGAAAAGAAACUGGCAAAAGUUACACAAGAACUAAAAUUAUUUGAAGAUCUGUCCCGUCGAUUUGAAGAUCUAAGAGUUUCUGAAGAUGAAUUUAUUUAUUUAAAAUCCGUUGUCCUCUUCAAAUCAGAAGUUCAUGGACUAUUAGAUGCACACCAUAUUGAGAAAUGUCAAGACAGGGCGCAAAUUAUGUUACGUGAUCACGUGAUAGCUUAUCAGUCCAAUCAACCUGCUCGAUUUGGAAAGCUUUUGUUGCUACUGCCAGAAAUUAAACAUGUAACAGCUAAAACACUUGAAGAAAUGCUCUUUCAACAAUCCAUGGGAACGUUUUCGUUCGAAACGCUCCUCGCUGACUUGUUCAAAUCGCCAUAACUUUUAGUCUUGUGACUUAAAAUUUCAAAAUGUUGUCAUCAGAGGAUUCUGUAAACCUAUAUACUAUGAAAACUGACUGAAAACAAAACUAUGUGUAUAAAUUGUAAAUUUAUAAAUAAUAUAUACUUUAUAAAACAUUUCCCCUUAUUCUUAUGCACCUGAUCUAUAUCUAAUGAUUUAGACAAGAGUUACCAAUUCGGUAGAUAUGCAUGACGAGUGAAUUAAUGUGCCUAGUUAUAAAGUUCAUUCUAAACCUGUAUGGCAUUACAACCAGAUAAUUAUCGGAGUGUGCAAUAAUCAACUGGUUAAUAUUAUCACUUAUUAAUUGUUUACCUUCAUAAUAAUAUCAAUAUAAUAACGAUACUAGCUGGGACAAUCGGCGUGGCACAGUGGUUUAAGCUCUUAAUCCGGUAAAUCUGGCUGAAUGAUUAUACAGUGUGGUGAAAUGUCGCAGAAAGGUUUUACCUGGUCAUUGCCAAAACUGUGUUAUUCUAUUUAUCUUGAUUGUUUUGUUAAUUUGUUUGACUUAUUCUAUGACCGGGAAUUUCCAAGAAGAAAUAGCAAAUUUUUUCAUAGAUUGUCUUAACACCACCUUAAAAUCCAUAAGAAGAUUUUGUGGACGAAAGGAUGAAUAAACAAACCAGAGCUGCAACCUAUCGAGGAGAAUUGUGGCCAGGGAACUAGAUAAAUACUUUAUGUUUGUGGGUAGUUUCGCAUUAGGUAUAUAUUUAUAACAACCACUGUAGCUAUCUAUAUCUAGACAUAUAGCUUACCACCAAAUUGUCUGACUAUUCGUAAGCGCGUGAACAAUUAUUCGUAGUUAGCCCAUCACUUCUGAUACCGACCAUUUUUGACUCGCAGACAGACAACAGGUGUUAUAAUACAAACUAGUCUGUAGCCCGCUGAUAAAUCUCUGAGUGCCCCCGUUCUUUAUAUAUCGUAGUUCGUGUUUCCGUAGCAUGGCCUUUUUCUUGCAAGCAGAUAGUCAGAACGCGGCUGUUAUUAAUAUAGAGACUAGUCGUUGCCCAGGGAAAAAUCCACAGGUUCGCCCGUCCUUUUAUUUACCAGUUGCAACAAAGGGGAUAAAAAUAUAUCACAAUUGAUAUUCGUGUUUCCGUAACAUCAUUUUCUAACUCAGCGGGGGUCCGCGCAGAGACAGACAGACGACGGCUAUUAUUAUAGAGACUAGUCGUUCGCCCGUGGAAAAAUCCACAGGUUCGCCCGUCCUUUUAUUUACCAGUUGCAACAAAGUGGAUAAAAAUACAUCGCAUUUGAUAUUCGUGUUUCCGUAACAUCAUUUUCUUACUCAGCGGGGGGUCCAUCAGAGACAGACAGACGAUGGCUAUUAUUAUAGAGACUAGCUGGGUAAUUCAGCGUUUAAUUGGAAAAAACGUCUUAAACACCUCCAGGUAAAGCGCUUUAGUAUAGAUAUAUUUCGUUGCAAAUACAGCAUUUCAAGUGUAAAGCAUAUUUCAAAGUAAAACGUUUCAUGCAGGUUAAAUGCCUGUUGUUACUACGCUAUAGCAAAAACACCCAAGGUUCAACGAUUAUAUUGUGUUUAACGCUCAAUGCGAGCAACGAGCUGCGAGUAGCAACUUGUAAAUUUCUGUCAUGUGAUGGACCUGCAGUUAGCAUAUAAAUGUCUGUGCACUUGUACUCCAUAAACGGCAAUGUUUAUUUUGUGUUUAAGUUCUUUCCC